AUGUUAUCGUCAGCGAUUCAUAAAUAUUUUUGUAUUUGUCCAAAAGGUUUUAGUGGAAAUCGAUGUCAGUUCGCUGAUAGUGAAAUCAAUUUGAUAUUUGAUGAAGACAUUCAUUUAUCUCAUUCAGUGUUUAUCCAUUUUUUCAGAAUUAUUCUACUUAGUCCACUUCGAGUCAUUCCCAAGGCAUCACCACAGCGAUCGACAGCAUUACAAACAGUUUCUCAACCGACAAAUUCGAUUCGAAUUUAUUGGGCACAUCCGUUUCAUCUCAUUUUUACCGAGACAUUAGAUAAAAAUUAUUAUUUCACUGUUCUUCAACCAAUUUUUAAUCAUUCGAUAAGAAUAACUCGACAAAUUCGUUCGUCACAUCGAUGUCCAUCGAUAGAUCAGUUAACCAAUGAAACAUUUGCCCAAUUACAUGUUCUUCGACGAAUUAAAUCUUAUCAUUUGAUAUGUCAGACAUAUUCUUCUGACUUCCAUUGUUUUUAUGAUGAUCUUCAUCUUUGUUUGUGUUAUGAUUUUCAAGGAAAACGUUUAGCAAAUUGUUUUGAAUUUGAUCAUCACAUGAAAUUUGAUUGUUAUGGUCAAAAUCAUUGUGAAAACAAUGGUCAAUGUUUUCAAGAUUCUCCCGAUUGUCCUAAACGAUCAUUAUGUGUUUGUCGUUCAUGUUAUUAUGGCAAUCGUUGUCAAUUUACGACAAAUGAGUUUGGUUUAUCUCUCGAUGCCAUUCUAGUUUAUCAUAUCAUUCAGAAUGUAGAUAUUUUCCAUCAAACUUCAAUGAUUAAGAUAAGUUCUUCAUUAACAAUUCUAUUUGUAAUUAUUGGAUUACUUAAUGGAAUUAUUUCAUUGAUCACAUUUAAGAAUAAAAGUGUACUGAAGGUCGGUUGUGGAAUUUAUUUAUUCGGUUCAUCGAUAACGACAAUCAUAACAAUGAUUUUCUUAGGAUUGAAAUAUUUCAUUUAUCUUUCAAUACAAAUGUCUACAUUGUCAAAUCGAAUUUUUCUUCAAAUACAAUGUUAUUCACUAGAUUUUCUUCUUCAAAUAUGUUUAAAUAUGGAUCAAUGGUUAAAUGCGUGUGUUUCGAUAGAAAGAGCCAUAACAGUUAUUCAAGGUAUUCGAUUCGUUAAGAAGAAGAGUAAACAAUUAGCUAAAAAGGUUGUCACUGGUCUUUUGAUCUUAAUUGUAUUAACAUCACUUCAUGAUCCAAUUUAUCGAAGAUUAUUUGAAGAAAAAAAUGAAAUUGAUGAAGAGAAAAAACGAAUCUGGUGUAUUGUGAAAUAUUCUCCAAAGUUACAAAUUUAUACUCGAGUUGUGAAUACAUUUCAUUUUUUCGUUCCAUUUCUUCUCAAUUUGAUUUCAUCAGUUCUUUUAAUCAUUGAAACAUCUCGUCAAAAACUUCGUCUUAGUAGAGAUCAAACACCUAAAGAAGUAUUACAUGAACAAAUUCGUGAACAUCAACAUUUAUUAAUUGCACCGAUUGUUUUAUUUCUUCUUGCUUUGCCACGUUUAAUUCUUUCAUACAUAUCAAAAUGUAUGAGUUCAUCAAAAGAUUCUUAUCUCUUUCUUUCGGCAUAUUUCAUUUCAUUUCUUCCCGCCAUGAUGAUAGUUUUUAUCUUUAUUUUACCAUCGAAAUUUUAUAGAAACGAAUAUCAAAAGAGUAUUUCACAACUUCGAACUCAAAUUCAACAACACCUUCGACGAACAAAUUAG